CAUUUUUGUCUUGCGGGACGGCGCCAAUGACAGCAAAAUUUGGAAAGGCCAGUGGAAAGGCUGUGGACCAAUCACCGCCAUAAGUUGAAUGCAGUUACCAGUGAAAACAUGCCGUUAUAUUAAGUUUUGAGGUAUUGGGGCGUUACCCAGUGUGAGGUCACGCCCGGGGGCAUGCACGGCUCGCUCGCGUCUCUGCAGGCCCAGCGGCGGCAGCACCUGGCGCUGGAGCUUUUACUCGUUGAAGAUGCUGCAAGCACGGACUCUGCACCCGCGAGACCAGCUGGAGUCGGCAACCAGGCUGCGGAACCCGACAGCCCUUCCCCGGUGGGACCCACUGCCAGGCGGGCUGCUGCGCAGUUGAGGCGCUGCUACCCUUCGGCGGUGGGCAUUGUGGAGGCAGCUGCUUCGGGCUCGCCUACCGGUGACAGCGGCCCAGCGCUGCGCCCGGCAUGGUGCACUGGUAGCAGCGAAGGCAGCGGCCGACCGCCUGCGACCGACGGAGACACGGGUGCUCCGAACGGCGAACGAAACAUUGAGGACUUGACCAGCAACAGUGGCGCAAAUGCAGCAGCACUCAUCCCAUCGGCAGGCACGGGCUGGCCCCGCAAGCGCCUGCCAUGGGCGGAGGAGGCGGCAGCGGAGCUGCGCGCGCGGGCCGAAGCCCAGGAGGCACAGCGCUCCGCCGCUGAAGCUGCGGCCGCAGCGGCUGCAGCGGCUGCAGCUAGCGGCAGUAGCAGCAGCCUUGGCGGCAGUAGCUCUCGGCUAGUCAGCGUUCGGGAUCCAGACUGGGCCAAACCGUGGAUUGCAGAGAGCAAGCAGGACCGGCGCGGUGCCGGCUCCAUGUUUGCGCUGGUCGACGCGGAGCCCGAUGGCGACGGAGCCACGGCGCCUGAGAGCAGGGGCGGGCGGUCAGCCGCAGCCUCCUCGCUUUCCGAAACAUCUGUUGGCAAAGCCCGCUUUGACGCGGUGUACACGGCGCUGAGAGAGCAAGCCGCCGUUUUCGCGGCGGCGGUGCGCGAGGUGCGUGGCAUUGCAGGCCCGGGCUGGCCCCGCGCCCGCGGCGCCGCAAUCGCAGCAGCCAUCGCGGAACCGACCACCAGCCCCACCAGCACCAGCAGCCACGGGCGUGAGGAAGCGCCUUCCCCCUCGGCGGGGCCGGCGCUUCCGCCGGACGGUGACCCGGCGGCGGCGCGCGGCACCAUUGCGGACAGCGUGGAUCCCUUGGUGUUGAGGGUCGCGGUGCGCAAUUGGGUCCUGCGGGCGGCCGGGCAACUGCCGGCGCUGGCCGGUCUCGAGCGCGUGGCCGCUGACCGUGACAGCGACGAGGCCAGCAGCGCGACUGGAGCUGGGGCCAGCCGCGAGGCCAGCAGCGCCGCCGCCGGCCCCUCAACGCCCUCCCGCCCCACCGCCAGCAGCACCUCCUCCACCAGCACCGCAAACACCAGCGGUGCCGACGCCGCGCGCGCACGCACCUCCGCCUCCUCUCCAUCCGGCACCUCCACUCCCACCGCCGCCAAGCCUUCAGCGUUGGACGCCUUGGCUUUAGCCGCGCGCGGCCUGUCGGACGAUGCCCUGACCCAGGAGCUGCAGCGCACGGCGACCCGGAUGCGGCAGGCCUUCCGCACCACCUACGUGACCCCGGCCAGGUCCGCAGACAUCAAACUGCGUGCCAUCCUCGACGACCAUAGCCGUGCCCUGGCGGCGAUGCACUUGGCGACUGCCCAGGGCGGCAAGGGCCUGAGCACUGACAACCUGAAGCGCGCGAAUGAGGGCAAGUCAAGCAUGGUGGUGUUUGAUUCCCUGGCCUGGAUGAGUCAUGGCCCGGAUCCGGAUUGGGAUUCGUGCCGUAGCUUGUUGAGGUCGCUGCGGCCCCAGCUGCUACAGCCCGCGGCAAGCGGUGGAGGCGGAGGCGGAGGUGGAGGUGGCGGGGCAGGAGCGGUAGCUGGCGUGACGCGGCGGGGUCCGAAGGACCGGGCUGCGGCCGUUGGAAGAGCAACAGGCGGUGGCGGUGGCGGUGGAGGCGGAGGCGGCGCGGAAGCAACGGCGGCUGCAGCUGCUAACAGAGCCGCAGGCGUGGGGCAGGCGGCUCGGGUGCCGCGGCGGGACCUCGCAAUGGCGCAGCGGGUAUGGGCUGGCUUCCUGGACAGCAUGGCGGCGGCGCAAAGCCGUUACGAAGCGGCGUGGAAGAUGGCUGCGCGAGAGCAGCGCAAGGGCAGUAGGGGUGACGCCGGCGGUGGUGGUAGCAGCGGCAGGCGGCGGCGCAAGGGCUCAGCGGACGGGGAGGGCGGCAGCGGCAGCGACAGUGACGUUGGCUUCCUUGGCAACAGUCGGAUGCAAUUAAUGGAGCUGAACAAGCCGCUGAAGCUGCUGCGCGCCGCUGUGGCCGGGCUGGUGCUGAUGUCGGCGGUGGGUGAGGGCGAGGUGCGUGUGCCGGAUGAGCUGCUGGACCCCCUGCUGUGCGCGGCCGUGACCUUCAUGUUCUCAGCACAGAAGCGUGUGCACCCCCACGUGGGCGCCUCCCCCACCCAGCUGUACCACAUCGUCUUGUACAGCAUGGGCCUGUCCUGCGACAUCCGCUUUAUUCACCGCGAUCCACUGGACCCCGGCAGUAGCAGCAGCCCCUCCAGUCCCCGCAGUAGCAGCCAUCACAACAGCGGCGCCGCCGCCGCCGGCUUCACUGUGAACGAGAUGGCGGCUUAUCGCGUGGCGCACCUCCACGCGUUCAUUCGCUUCCAGCACGAUUGGUUCGGCUCUUGGCUGAGCGCGCUGCUUGCGAGGUCGCGGCCAGAGUCGUACCACGUGCUCGCCCUGACGCGGCUAGCACGGCUCGUGGACGAGCAGCAACUCCUGCCGUACGAACAGCUACAGCUACAGCUUGCGCAGCAGCAACAGCAGCAGCAGCAGCAUGGCCAGGAGUCUGAGCCGCCGCCAGGAACCGGGUGGCACAGGGCGGUGCAGGAGUCGGCGGCGGCGGUGCCAGUGGAGGCGGCAGCCGCCAUCGAGGCUGCUGCUGCCGAAGUUGCGAGCGUGGCGUGGUGGCAUGCGCUGGAGCAGGAGCAGGAGUCACGCAUCAAGGGGCAGCAGCUAGAGCUGCGUGACCAGCAGGCGCAGAACGGGCGGCCGCAGGGGAGGGGGGCCGGCUCAGGUGGCGGCGACCCACUGACCCGGUUUGGCGGGCCCGGCAAUGACGACGACGAUGAUGAUGAUGAUCAUAGCGACACUGACUGGCUCACAGGCGGCAGGCUGCAGCCGCUGGGAGCAGUCGCCAGGGCGCCAUUAAGGGACUCGGAAGCUGUCCGACAAGCAGCGGCACUGGCGGACGUGGUGCUGCGGCCUUCCGACCACCAGUCCGAGCUACUGCUUGGGCGUGUGUCGCGGGCGCUGCGGCUGGCGGCGGAGCAGGGGCUGCUGGCCGCACCAGCCUGCAGCGGCAGCGGCAGCGGCGACUGCAGCGGCUGGGGCGCCGCGGGCACUGGCGCCGGAGACGCUGUGGGAGCCGAGGCCGCGGCAGUGCCCCUGCGGCGCGCCUUGGCGGCAGCUGCGGCUAGGCGCCUCGACUCCGGACUGGAGCUGCUGCAGACAUUCAUGCAGACCAUUAUGCGUGCGAAUGUCACACGCGACCUUGUGCCAUUCUGUCGACGCUUGGCAAACGCUUUGUUUACAUCGUUUGUGAGGGAGGUGAAGCAUGGAAAGGCGGCGCUGGGCACCGACGAGAUCUUCGCGCAUUUGCUGCUGGGGUCGGCGGCGGUGUCGGCGGAGGACUGCCGGCGCUUGGUAUGGGACCUGGUGCCGGAGGCAGCUCCCGCGGCACCGGGGCAGGCGCAGGCGCGGCUGCAGGCGCGGACACCUGGGGGGAGUGGCGAUGGCGGUGGCGGAAACGGGGAUGUGGGCUGGGGAUGGAACUGGACAGAGGCGUUGCGCCUGGCGGUGGCUGAGGAGCAGGCGCCUAACUGGCGGAAGCUGGUGGGCCUGCGGCCAGGUGGCGCCGCCGCUGCCGCCGCCAACAGCAGGGCCAUCGAGGGAAGCGGUGUGGGCGAUGGCGCGCCGGGCGCGGUGCAGGUGGUCCGCUACGCCACUCUGGGUCUGGUGCUGGGCCGGUACGUCGGCCUGCUGCAGCCGCACUCUGGGGCGCAGCGCGCCGCCGGCCCCGGGGUCAUGGCGCCGGAGCAGCAGCAGGCGCGAGCUCGGGAGCCGGGGCCGCGGGGGCUGUCCUUCGCGCACUGCCUGGCGGCGGGCGUCCUGACAGAGGAGCUGCGGCAGCUAGGCGGGCUGCGCGUCGACCAGGGCGCAGGGCAGGUGGGGACUAGCAACAGUGACACUGGUGCUAGUCUCGAUGCGCUGAUGUUGGCGCUGUUACGCGGCGCGCACUUCCUCCACUUCCUCACUACCGUGCCGCCGGCCCUGGUCCCGAUGCUGGGGGGCGGGCACGCAGCUGCGGAGGAAGCCGGCCACAGCGGUGGUGGCGCGGGCAUAGCCGACAUGGGCGGCGCAGUGGCGCAGACGCAGGGGCAGCAGGACGGCGGCCACUGUGGCGGCGGUGGUGCGGAAGCGGGGCGCGCAGCGGGAACCAGCCGUGAGGAGGGGGCUGGGGCGGCGGGGGGCGGCCCGGCAGCUGGGGCGUCACAGCUGCGGCGGCAGCAGAUGCGUGCGCUGCAGCAGCUGCAGGGCCUAGCCAGGCUAUAUUUCCGUGAGCCCAUGUUGGCCCACCAGUUGGCUCGAUGUUUGGCGGAUUUCAACAAGCGGCGACAAGACAAGCACGCGCAGACCCCAGGCCACGAUGGCGACGGCGUGGGCGGCGCUGGGGGGCCGUGGGUGUCCGGGGCGCCUGAGCAGCUGUUGGACGAGUGGAGGAUGUUGGUGUCCAUCCUGGCGCUGCGUGGCGGUGUGGGGCGGUGACCAGUGACUUAUCAGUUCACGUGUGGCGUAGGUGUUGGAACCGCACCGCUUAUCGAGUGCUCUACACAGAUCGACGUCGGAAAAGUUGCGUCGGUGCUGCCGUGGUGGCACCGUUAACUACGGUUACACUGCGGUAAUGCACUAGAGUACCCUCCACUGGUGCGGCAGGCCCCUCACGCGAACAAAGUGUUGAAUUUGCGCCCAGGCCUACAGACGCCCAGUUUGAGAGGGCUACGGAUUCACGGUAGCGUGGACAGCCUGACUCGCUGCCCGGUUGCAGCGUUGUUGGUUCUUCGGAGAAAGCUUUUUAUGUCACAAGCAACAGUGCAGCCAUUAGCGCCUUUGUAAGUCCCGAGGCAU